GAAAAGGCAGUGUGAACCUGACAAAACAGAAAGCGGGUCGUGCGUGUGCAAAGAGGAAGUAAUAGAUAAUUUCAUUCAUCCCCCAAGUCUUAUGAUUUCUGAUAAUCAGCCUUUGAGUGUAGUUUAAUUAUUUGGUGAACGAUAUAAAGUCUUUUCGGAAAUGGCAGGUGCGAUGCUGUUCGAGCGUGCCCAAGCAGUAUCUAUGACGAACAGGAGUGAGGGAAUUUCACUCCUUAACGAGAUCGUCUCAGAUCCAAGUAUCGGGAUCGCCGAAGAUGACGAGGACAAUAUUAGGGUGAAGGAACAAGGCAUCCUUCACCUGGGUGAACUUUACAAAAAGGAGGGCAAAGCCAAGGAAUUAGCAGACCUCAUUAAAGCAACUCGACCCUUUCUCAGCCUCAUCAGCAAGGCAAAGGCAGCUAAGCUAGUCCGAUCUCUGGUAGAUUUUUUCCUCGACUUGGAAGCUGGUAUCGGUAUCGAGGUACAAUUAUGCAAAGAGUGUAUAGAAUGGGCGAAGGAAGAGCGGAGAACGUUCUUGAGGCAAUCUCUAGAGGCACGAUUGGUAGCGCUUUAUUUCGACACCGGGAUGUUCGGCGAAGCUCUUCAACUUGGUUCAGCCCUCCUUAAAGAGCUGAAAAAACUUGACGACAAACAGCUUCUUGUCGAGGUCCAACUGCUCGAAAGUAAAACCUAUCAUGCACUUAGUAAUCUGGCUAAAGCUAGGGCGGCGUUAACAAGUGCGAGAACAACCGCCAAUGCCAUCUAUUGCCCACCAAAAAUGCAAGCUGCUUUAGAUCUACAGUCUGGGAUAUUGCACGCUGCUGAUGAGCGAGAUUUCAAGACUGCCUACUCAUACUUUUAUGAAGCUUUCGAAGGAUAUGACAGUGUUGAAUGUCCCAAGGCUUUGACAGCACUAAAAUACAUGCUUUUGUCGAAAAUAAUGUUACGCACCCCAGAAGAUGUUCAAUCUAUAAUGUCUGGCAAACUGGCCGUUAAAUAUGCCGGUCGUGAUCUUGAUGCUAUGCGAGCUGUUGCCGAAGCUAGCCACAGACGAUCAUUGGCAGAGUUUCAGAUAGCUGUUAAAGACUUCAAACAACAACUUGAGGAAGAUGUUAUAGUCAGAGCGCACUUAGGAUCCCUAUACGACGCUAUGCUUGAACAAAAUCUCUGUCGUCUUGUCGAGCCCUACUCGCGUGUGCAGGUGGGUCACAUAGCUUCGUGUAUAUCACUGCCAUUGGCUCAAGUAGAAAAGAAAUUAUCACAAAUGAUAUUGGACAAGAAACUGAGAGGUGUAUUGGAUCAAGGAGAAGGUGUCUUGAUCGUGUUUGAGGAUACGCCAAGAGACAAAACGUACGAGAUUGCUCUGGACACGCUACAUAGUAUGGGCAAAGUAGUCGAUACUUUGUACCAGAAAGCUAAGAAACUCACCUAGCCCUAUUUAUUAAAAAUUUGUAUAAGCAAAAUCUAUUAAUAUUACCAUUAUUAUAAUUGCUACUACGGAUUACUACAAUUAAUGAUUAGAUGCUGUCAUUAAAUAUUAAACGAAUUAACUCCAUUCACCUACUGAUUACUAAUUAAAGUUUGGUCCAGACGAUCAUGUUUCAACUCACGCAAGUUAGUGGGAAAAAAACCACAAAUUAUUCCUUAAAUCAUUCUCAAUACCUAUGAUUUGCAUUUCAAAUUUUGCCAGGAGCGUACGAAUUGAAAUACAAAAUACGUUAUUGGGUUUAAUACUUUCUUCCCAUGUACUUUUGGUAUAAUUUGCAUUUUUAUAACGAUCGAAAUUGAACAACAUGACAAUGAAUUUACUCAAACUGUAUUACAACCAUCUCGACGACAAAACAAUAAAUAUCAUCAUCUCUAAGAAAGAAAGUAUAUAUUUAUAAUUCCGUUUUUAUUUAGGUCGUGUGAACGUAUCGAUUCAAGCGAGUGUUCCACGCCAGUAAUAUAAUCGUUAAUUAUUGCAAAAAUAGACUACUAUAUCAGCAACAUCUUGUCAUUUAUCAUUAAAAUCGAUAAUUGGAAAAACAAAACAAAUUUGAUAAUAAAUUAUGAUCGUUUGAACUGAAUAAAUUCAAUCCGCUGCCAAUAAACCAGCUCAUCGUUUGAGAUUUGAUUUAUAAAGUCGAUUAAUGAUGGUUAUCUGUUGGUACUUAUGUACUCAAUAUAGUAUACAUACAACACAUUAUUAUAUCUAUAAAACGUGAAGAACUGAUGGUUUCUUAAUAAAUGAAUAAUAAAAAACCAAA